AUGAUGAGAGGCUUAGACGGCAUUGUUUAUCGUGGUCAUAUGGAUGCUCUGUUGAACUCCAUUCCCAAGGCCGAUACCCAGCGGUUGAAUGCUGGCAGCGGUGAUUUAGAACAAAGCGUGAAAAAAGUUCGAAAGGGAUGUCGAGCUUCCCCAGCCUCCAGACUAAUUGAUGUAGACCAUCACAGCAAAGGAGACCAGGCAGAAGCAGAGAGGGAUAUAGACUUUCCGGUCCAUAUCGCGGUCGAGUGGGGAAGACGGAGAGCCAGCGGAGCGAGGACGAGUAGUCGACUUAGUGUGCUUGUGGACCAUGUUCAGAUAAGACGGCGCUUCUUGCCUCUUCUUGUUCUUGUUGCUGGUGUUGUGAUUGAUGUUGUGAGGCUGGGGAUAAGUUGGGUCUGUCAGGAAGGGAUGAAAGAGGAGAAGGAUGAGGACUACAAGGACAAUGGUGAAGACAGGAGGAAAGAAGAGGGGGAAAGGAGGGGAAACGAGGAUCGGGUGAUCAGCAGCCAACGUGGCGCCCGAUCACCCAACAAGAUCGCAGCAUCCCGCACCGUGGCCGCUUUCAGUGCCUUUCUUCCCCAACCUUUGAAUCUUCAACCCGCUGACUGA